AUGCUAGCAGUGGAAGUAAACAGCAACCAACGAAGACGAGACUACCUGAAGAGGCGAUUAAAGAUUCGACGGUUCAAUUUGUAUUUGCUGUGUGCGUGUUGUGCGUGUGCAUUGUGUACAAUUGUGGUGGUACUGUCGUGCUCUUGUGAACAACAGUCAUCGAAGGAGUGCGGUGAUUUGGAUGCAGUGAAGACUGCAGAGUACAAGAAGAAUUUGAAAUCAGGUUUGAUAUUUUCUAUAAUUUGUUUAUUUAGUUGUUUACUUGAUUGUUUAUUUGUUUACCUUAUUGUUUACGAAUUUGUUUACUUAAUUGUUUAUUUGUUUAUCGAAUUGUUUACGGAUUUGUUUACUUCAUUGUUUAUUUGUUUACCAUUUUGUUUACGAAAUUGUUCAUUUAAUUGUUUAUUUGUUUAUCUCAUUGUUUAA